GCGGAGACGGGCGCGCUUUGCGACAGAGCCGUAAAGGGGCACGCGUGGGUGCGGAGUAUGGCGCUGUACGCGGCGGCGGCGGCCGUACUGGCCGGCGUGGAGAGUCGCCAGGGCUCCCUCAAGGGGCUGGUGUACGGCAGCAGCUUCCAGAACGUGAAACAGCUGUACGCGCUGGUGUGCGAGACGCAGCGCUACUCCGCCGUGCUGGACGCCGUGAUCGCCAGCGCCGGCCUCCUCCGCGCCGAGAAGAAGCUGCGGCCGCACCUGGCCAAGGUGCUAGUAUAUGAGUUAUUGAUGGGAAGAGGCAUUAAAGGGCGCGGGGGCCGAUGGAAGCCUCUGCUGGACCGGCACCAGGCAAGGCUGAAGGCCGAGUUGGCCCGGCUCAAGGUUCGCCGAGGUGUGAGCCAGAAUGAGGACCUGUUGGAAGGGGGAUCCAAACCUGGCCCAGCCUCCCAGGUGCCUCGAUUUGUGCGAGUGAACACUCUGAAGACCUGCUCGGAGGAUGCAGUUGAUUAUUUUAAGAGACAAGGUUUCUCCUACCAGGGUCGGGCUUCCAGCCUCGAGGACAUAAGGGCCCUCAAAGGGAAGUGUUUUCUUCUGGAUUCCUUGCUGCCGGAGUUGCUCGUGUUUCCUGCCCGAACAGAUCUGCAUGAACACCCACUGUACCAAGCUGGUCACCUCAUCCUACAAGACAAGGCGAGCUCUCUCCCGGCCAUGCUGCUGGCUCCACCUCCAGGUUCCCAUGUCAUCGACGCAUGCGCUGCCCCAGGCAAUAAGACCAGUCACUUGGCUGCUCUUCUGAAGAACCAAGGGAAGAUCUUUGCCUUUGACCUGGAUGCCAAGCGGCUGGCUUCUACGGCUACCCUGCUGGCCCGGGCCGGGGUUUCUUGCUGCGAGCUGGCUGAGCGGGACUUCCUGGAGGUCUCGCCCUCAGACCAGCGUUAUCGUCGGGUCCAGUACAUCUUGCUGGAUCCUUCUUGUAGUGGCUCUGGGAUGCUGACCAGACAGCUGGAGGAGCCCGGGCCCGGCGUACUGAGCCAGGAGCGCCUGCGAGCGCUGGCCGCCUUCCAGCAGCGGGCGCUGAGCCACGCGCUCACGUUCCCCGCCCUGCGGCGCCUCGUCUACUCCACGUGCUCCCUCUACCAAGAGGAGAACGAAGACGUGGUGCAAGCCGCCCUGCAGCGGAGCCCGGCAGCCUUCAGGCUGGCUCCUGUCCUCCCCUCCUGGCCGCACCGAGGCCUUGGCACUUUUCCAGGCGCUGAGCACUGCCUCCGGGCCUCCCCUGAGACCACGCUCACUGGUGGCUUCUUCGUUGCUGUACUGGAACGGGUAGAGGUGCCAAGCUCCGUCUCACAGGCUGAAGCAUCAGCCCCAGAAGUUACACCCAACCCAGCCCCAAAGAGAAAGAAGAGGCGGCGAAAGGCAACAGCUGCCCCCAGCUCACAGCCUGACAUGUAGCAGGUGCUCAGAGCUUUGACUCCUCAGGUCCUCCUCUCAAGCUUAGUCUCGGGCCCUCAGCCCCAGGCAGCAGUUUUUUUUGGAAGGGCUCUUUUUAUGGCUGGAGAAAGAAAACCGGUAACCCCGUUUCUCCAGCUGGAAAGAGCGGAUAUCCCUGUGCUGUGGGUCCCUUCCCUGGGCUCCGUUCUUGCUGGUGAGAUGCACUGCUUCCCACAAAAAUAAAAGGCAGGACAUGGUCUACGAUAGAUCACAGUUUUUUUUAAUGACACAAGCAAGGAGAACAAUCUCACGUUCAUACUAAAAAUUCCAACUAGACUCACAGGAAUUCAGUCUUUAUUUGUAAUGGAAAGUCCCAGCCUCCCGUCCCUGUCCAGUGCAUGUACACGUCCACACCCGCACUCAUGCGCUCACACUCAGGCUGCGCCAGGACGCCCGCUUCAGGGGGCUUCUGGAUCAACUGUCCUGCCUGUGGAACUGAGGUAAACUAGCUGUGCGUACUAAGCUGAGAGGGGCUACCUUAUGUAAGGUAUAGGUAGAAGCUUGAUUUCUAGACCCGCGCUCCACCCCCCUCCAAUCCCAGCAGGUAUCUGAGGCUUGGGUCCCUCCUCAGCUCCACACACAACAGUUAAGUACUAACAGAGCUCUCCUUGGGGCGGGGGGGGGGGGCGCAGUCCCUGCCACAAAACAUUCACCCUCGUUCACCAAGGGGAGGGGGACUAGUUACAUCUACAUCACGUUAUUUAUAAAAUAAGAAUUACAUUUUGUGUUUCCGGAAGGAGCUCUAGUCCCUCAGGAAAGCUGCCUGGGACAGCAUUUGAGCCUCUUCUUCACACAGGCAUAACUUAACUAUACAGCUAAAUUUCUAUACUUAACCACCUCAAUGAACCAAGCUUGAAGGAAUUUAAAAGGCAAUUUAGCUUAAAUACAAAAAUAAAUUUUUAUUUUGUUAAAAAAUGUUUAAAUAUUUUUCCUUUUAAUUUAGACACACGCAUUCAUACUUCUUCCAAAGAGGAUGGGCAUGGCAGCAAGGCUUUUGGGCCUGGGGUAUGUGGUUUUGGAACCGAGGAAGAAGGAAGGAAGGGGUGGAGGAAGUAAGAUACAAUUUUAAAAUGUGGUUCAUUAAAUUUAGGUUUUCUAACAUACACUACAAGUGAUCUAGCCUACAGUGAAGUUUGGCAGGUGGGAAACAAACAGCAGAGGGAAGAGGCCUUUGCUUCCCCUCAGACCCAUCCUCCUCGGGCUGCCAGCCCUUAAAGUCAAAACACCAUUUGAAAAUUCAAGACUCGGCACUUGUAGCCGUAAAGUGGUGCUACUUUCCACAUUCAAUUAGCGAGGCCCCAGGAACUUGAGAAACAGUUAAGUCCGGCACUACCAACAUGCCGCCACUCAUACAAUUCAGUUCUUCCUCCAAACUCGAUUCAAAGAGCGAUAGACACGAGCAUCAGACAAAAUAACACAGGACAAGGCUUUAGACAUACAAUCCCGGAGAGGCAGACGAGCCCAUGAGGCCAAUGGGGACGGUGGGCGAGGAGGCAGCUGAAAGCAGCGGGGGCGUCCUGCCUGCUCCAGGAGCUUCCCUCUCCUGGGGAAGGUACCACCCCUGGGUCUGCCAGGCUAACAGUCUUGAGCCACCAAGCUUUUAGGGGCCAAACUGGCAGAGAGGGUCGGGGAUGAAACACCGGCUCGGACUUGGCGGGAGGAAGUGGAACGGCAGGAGCAGCACCCGCUGGGGCCUCCAAAGGCAAAGCCAGAGUCAGGAUCAUUUUAAAAGGAAUCGAUCCUGCGAGGAACCAGUAAGGGAUGAAGCAGCAAGAAAUGGGGAAACAGAGUCCCCUAACGGGACCAGAGGGGGAGAACCACUUUUUAUAGCCAAGCCAACCAAGGUGAAGUUUUAGGGCUAAUCCAUCCCCCAAUCCCAUCAAAUGCAUAUCAGAGAUGCAAGUGGGUGAGGGCUCCUCCUGCAACCCUCUGGCAAAGAUGGCUCUCAGGGAAAAGGCGGGAAGGGAGGCCGCCUGACCAAGCUCAUACACUAAACGAGAGUCAGGGAAGGCAGUGGACGAUAUGUACAGAUGUUUCUUUAGUUCUCUCCAGCCUCACCAGUGGAACUGUUCAAGUAAGGUAGUAAUAGGCUUCUGCCCUGCCACAUCCUGCCUCCCCCUCCCUCGAGAGGCCCGAGGCUUCUGCUUCCUGGAAGAGGGAAACAGCCCCUGGGGCUGCCACCACCUCCCUGGUGGCCGAAGCCAGAGGUCUGGGGCAGGUCUGCAUUACGGAACUGGAAGGGUCAGAGGCUCUUCCUAGCAGGUGCUGAGGUCCAGAUUUGGGCAAGGGUGGCGGGGGUGUGGGGGGCAGGGGCAAACACUAUUUCUUGCGGGUGUGCUGCCUUCGGGCCUGCAGUCGCUGUCGAGCCCCUGGGGUCUUGGAUCCCGCACCAAUGGAAAAGGAGGGGGUCGCCGAUCCUGGAAAGAUUCAACAAGAUCUCAUCAGGGUAGCUGCUACCUGAGAGCAGUCUCUAAAGAACACCGGGUGCUGGGAGAAAGCCUCGCCAAGCUCUAGAAGUCCUUCCAGGGGAGGGCUGAUUAAAAAGGCAAAAUCCCAAGACCACAGAUAGGCUGGGAGCAAGGCCCAGGAAAGCAUGUUUACCUGGCGUCCCAGCAGUCUGGCUCCUUCUCAUCUCCGCUGCCCAGCUCCAAACCUGGCUUGUGCUGGACUCCCAGACGGGCCUCGGAGAGCCGGAGCUGCCAGCCCACCCCACCCCUCUUCAGAGAGGAGACACGCAGGUCACACUGGCAACAAGGAGACUGGCCGCUUACCGAAAGGUCCAACUCCGACAAAGCCUUGGGCGGGUGUUGAGGACGCCCCAAAGGAGAGGCUGCUGCCUGAUGCGCCCACCCCAGGGGCAGGGGUGUUCUGACCAAAGGCGGGUGUGGAGGUGCCUAGGAAGAAGAGACAGCAGAGAACUAUAGAGACCAGGCUGGAGAGCAGAGGGCCUCAAGGCAGAGGGUAAUGAGCCUAGUGGGGAGGUCCGCUACCGGCAGGGCCUUCCCCACAGGACCCCUUAGCUCCCAUUCAGCCCCCUGGAAGGAGGCCUUAACACGCGUUGCCCCAGGUGGGCCUCCCAGCCUGCUAACAGCCGUGCCGCAGUGGAGACAAGCCCCUCAGGUUGCCUUCUGACCACCUAUGGAGUAGGGCCUCUGCAUUCCCUUGGCCACCAAACACAGCAGCAGAUGACCAUCAGUGGACCGCCACCUCUAGCCUGACCGGGUUACCUCCCUUCCACCAGGCCUAGAAGCGUUAUGCCUCUUCUCCUUGUUCACCUGUCUCCUCCCUUCCACCCUGUGGGUCCCCUGAUCUCCCCCCGGGGCCCACUGGGACUCAGCUGCCAGCAAACGCCCCGCCCUCACUGAGUGCUGCCGUUGUGCCCGCUGCAGCCCCGCGGGGAGGGCUGCCUUCUCUCAUGGCUCUUCCUCGUCCCGGGGGCCGGGGUGGGGCAGGCAUCUUUCUCGCUUCCUGGGGCCCGGCCUUGCCCCCAGUCUCUCCCUCUACUCCCCACUCCCGCCUCGUCCCCACAGCCGCGCCAGCUCCCCCACCUCCCCUGCAGGCACUACACUGGCUCCCCGCUCGCCAUUGCUGCAACUCCGGCUCCUGCUUCUGCUUUUCCUCAGCCUCAGAGGACCUCCCGGCCACCGCCCCUCCUGCUUUACUUGGAUGAAGCGUGGUAGAGGAGUGUGUAUGUAUGCAGUGCCAAGAAGGCAAAGGCGCUGGAACAGCCGGCAGGUCCUUGGAAGCCUGUUACCUUGUGCCUGCGGUCUAGCAAGCAUGUGACAAGACACCUUAACCACGCGACCGUUUAUACUUCAGGGACACCUCAUGAGAUUCCACUGAGGACCCAAAUGGAUUUCCCAGAUGAGAAAGACCAAAAUAAAACCAAAGGAAACAAACCCUCUCUGGGGUGUGAAACUGAUCUACAUUCCUUACCGGUCUUAUCCUCCAAGACCUUGUUAAACCACUGUAAAGAAGCUUUCUUUUCCAAGUCUAAGUCUUCAGCAGUGAUUGAAUAACCAAGCUGGGGAGGUGGAGGCUACCAAAGAGAAAAAGAAGUUGUCAAUCAGGAGAAACUGGAAGAAUCCUAUAUUUAGCCUUCCUAAGACAGAGUUAAGCUGGGGUGGGCAGAGGUAGAUGGACAAGACCAUACCAAGGUCAGCUGGUCCCCUCGCCUGGAGGGCAGCAACUGAACCUUCCGUUUACGCUGCCCAGAGCUGCCAGGUGUUGAUGGGGAAUUCCACGAGUUUUGUUUCUUCCAUGUGGUUUUAUCUGCAACUAAAAAAAGAAAGACUUGUUUUCUUCCUCCUCUCUGCCAGAAAUGGAUAGGUUUGUCUAUCCUGUUUUUAACAUUGAGUUUUCACUGGGUUAUCUCUGAAAGAUUCGAUCUUCCAUGAUUUGGGCUCUUGGAUGGUAUCUGCAAGAUUAUAUAGUCAAGAGGAUAUAAAGGCAGAAUUGCUCCAAAUGCAGGUAUACAACUGCUUGCUGGACAGUAAUUACCCGGAUUGGUCACAGAUACCUCAGCCUAAGCUUGUCUGUAGCCCACUGUUACCACACGUUAUACUGUACCUGUCUGUGUCACCCUUCUCCCUUACCUGACUAUGAAUUUCUGAAGGACAGAAACUCCUAUCUCUGUAUCUAACAGGCCCUUCACAAGGCAAUGCUCAACACUUCCACCACCAAAAGCCACUCUAGUGCAUUCAUCAACUUACCCUUUUCUCCCUGGGACUCCUUGUCUGUUACCAAUGGAGUUGAAGAACUAGAAUGAUGAGAAAGCUCCUCUUCUCUGUAGGAGGAAAAGGCAGAAUUAAGUUUAAGGAAGACUUGCUGGCAAAAAGUACUGGAUAACUUCUUGUACCUCCUUACCUACCAACUGGUCUAGAACAACCAUGAUAUAAGACCUCAGUAUGCCAGGACAAAAAAUAAAAGAAGUCAAAAGAAAAUUCCAACAGAAAAGAAUGGAGGCAGUUCAUGGAAACCAAGGAGAAACCUUUGUCUUACAACAAGCACAGAUCAAUAAUCUUCAAAACCUUACUUACAACCCACCAAGUUCCUGAAAGUUCUAGUCACAGAUCUGAUCCCUAACAGAAUGACAUUCAACUUGACUGUAGGCACCUAGAAGGUCACCUGGAGUCAAAAACAUGAAGUCCGCUGCCUGAUGACAUCAUUCACUCUGUUCAUUCUAUUGUGUGUGGCCCCUACUCCUGCACCCCCGUCACUCACGCUACAGUGUGAGGAAGAGAGCCAGAGGCCUCUACAGUUGGUACAAAAGAACUGUAAGAGAUCAGAGCGAUUCAGGUGGGCACUUCACUGUCCUCUCUAGAUGUUAAUUUCUUUGAUCCUCCAAAUCAGAGUUGCAGAAAGCCUAAGAGCCAAGUAAAUGUCCCUCUUUUCCUGACCUCUCAUUAAUCCACACAGCAAACAAUAAUGGAUUACCUUAUUUUCUUUGCUGGCCUCUCUGGUGUCUGGGAGCGGGAUGAGGCUGGGCUAGAGAAGGGAGAUGAACUGGGACCACUCCUCUUCCACAGCUAAAAGUCAAACAGAAGUAACAUGACUGACCCUAGCUGAUAGUUUAUCAUCUGACCUUCAAUAUAAUGUUGUGGUUCUAUUCAUCACUGCAUAUAAAAUCUCCUUUUAGGUAACUAAAAAAAUACUUCUUUGUGAAGGAAGGCUCCUGAAAAGAAAGUCAAUUGCCAGUAUUAACUACAGGAGAAAAAGUCUGAAAAACUAAUGGAACGCUAACUAAUAAAUGUAGAAGGAAUGAAUGUACUUUUGGCGUAUAUUAAAAAGUGGACUGUCACAUUCAGUAAUGGUUUAGAGCUAUGAUGUGCAUAUAUGUUUACUCUAUAUUGUCUGUGGAAAUGAUAAAAGUAAACUAAACUGUUCCAAUGGAGAUAAGCCAGUAAACUAAUUUAGUUUUGCUCUCAUUAAAUUUUCAGUUUUACUUUA